UCUGAUUUGGCUGUGACACUGAUCAAAUAUUACCUUCUUCCUUCCUUUGCAGAGUUGGAAAACCAGGAGUCUCGGGUCUCUGAAAUCCACAGCCUUGUUCAUCGGCUCCCAGAGAAAAAUAGACAGAUGUUACAGCUGCUCAUGAACCACUUGGCAAAUGUUGCUAACAACCACAAGCAGAAUCUGAUGACAGUGGCAAACCUCGGCGUCGUGUUUGGACCCACCCUGCUGCGUCCUCAGGAAGAAACAGUAGCAGCCAUCAUGGACAUCAAGUUUCAGAACAUUGUUAUUGAGAUCCUAAUAGAAAAUCACGAAAAGAUAUUUAACACCGUGCCUGAUACACCUCUCACCAAUGCCCAGCUGCACCUGUCCCGGAAGAAGAGCAGUGACUCCAAGCCCCCUUCCUGCAGCGAGAGGCCCCUGACACUCUUUCACGCCAUGCAAUCAGCAGAAAAACAGGAACAAAGAAACAGCAUCAUCAACUCCAGUUUGGAAUCUGUCGUCUCAUCAAAUGCAAAUAGCAUCCUUAAUUCCAGCAGCAGCUUGCAGCCCAACAUGAACUCCAGUGACCCGGACCUGGAUGUGCUCAAACCCACCCGGCCCAACUCACUCCCCCCGAAUCCAAGCCCAACUUCACCCCUCUCGCCAUCUUGGCCCAUGUUCUCGGCGCCAUCCAGCCCUAUGCCCACCUCAUCCACGUCCAGCGACUCAUCCCCCAUCAGGUCUGUUGCAGGGUUUGUUUGGUUUUCUGUUGCUGCCGUUGCUCUCUCAUUGGCUUGGUCCUCUCUUCAUGCAGUGUUCAGCCUCCUCGUCAACUUUGUUCCCCGCCAUCCAAACCUGCACUUGCUUUUUGACAGGCCAGAAGAAGCAGUUCGUGAAGACUCCAGCACACCGUUCCGGAAGGCAAAAGCCUUAUAUGCCUGCAAAGCUGAACAUGACUCAGAACUCUCGUUCACAGCAGGCACGGUCUUCGACAAUGUUCAUCCAUCUCAGGAGCCUGGCUGGUUGGAGGGGACUCUCAACGGGAAGACUGGCCUCAUACCUGAGAACUACGUGGAGUUCCUCUAACCGUGGGCCCCAGCAGACCUGCUGAGCUUUCCAUGGUAUCCAUGACAACUGCUGAUGCCAGUGUUGUAGGCCAUUGCUCUUUGCCGCAGAGAAAUGCGGGGUGAUUGACUCUGUUACCACCUGCCAGCACGAAUGUUUCUGUGAACUCUGGUGUCACCCAUCCCCAUGAUCAUGUCAGCUGGCAUGUGGUGAUACUGCAAAGAACAGAAGUAAAUCAGCAGUGGAGGCCAUUUGAUUUUGAUAACCGAGGGAAAGGCUUGCAAAGCUGUUCCUCUCAUUUAGUGCCCUAAAUAGGGAGCAUUCAUUUUGUUUCAGCAGUCAUCCAAACCCCCAACCUUCCAAAAAAGGAAGUAAGAAAGAUUUCAGUAGUCCUCAAGAGCAUGCAGUGUAGCUAAGUCUAACAGGGCUGGGCAUUGGCUCUGAGGCCCAGGCUGGGCCCGUUGCUUCUGUUUACAGUAGACACUCUCUACCCCACCUCUGAAUACUUGAGACCCACAGUGCUACAGGCAGCUGGAUCUGUCUGUUUGCAUGCAGGAGGGAGAUGGUUUACGGCACUGUUUACAUAAGAUGCAAUCUCUCGCCAUCUCCAAGCAGCCUUGGCCAAGCAUCAGCAGAAUUCAGCUCAGUCCUCUCGUGCAAGGGAACACACACACCCCACGUUCCCCCUCCCAAGCUAGGAACUUCUCUGCCACCCAGGGCUGCCAUCACCUCGUAACCACGGCAACCCAACCUACUCUGAAGCCAAACCAAAAAAAUAACACUCUUUUUGCAUGACAUAUUUUUUCUCCCUCCUUUUUGGUCAUUUUUUGAAUGAUUUCCCAACAACCUGAAGCAGAAGAUCAAGGGAUUAGAGUGGUCUGCUUGGGGCUGACAGAAUAGCGGCUGGGAACUCUUCCCUUUCUGAUGAAUUUCAGCAGCAUCAGGAUAUAUUUGGAGCAAACUCUAGUAACCUCUUGAGAUUAAAUUACAUACAGGCUUAAUACUUCUGUUCUUCCAUGCAACUAGCAUUUGCUUUCUAGGGGGCAGUAUGCUGCCUCCUCAUGGGCGACAUCCUCUCCCCCCUUUGACUUGUUCACUCGUGGUCUCCCAUUCCAUGUCCCUUCCCCUGCCCUUGACUGCCUCUAGCCCCUCCCUGACCAGCCCCACUGGCAGUGCCCUGGGCUCCUGAGCCCAGGUGCCCUGGCAGCUUUCAAGCAUGAUUCCCUGGCUAAACCCUAUGGCUUGUAGUUUUAAAGGACAUACAUGUUCACUGCCACUCAGAAAAAGGGAAUUGUUUCUCAGGCUUUUGAGGCACAAGACGCAUAUUGUAAGCCAUUUGAUUCAGGAGAAUACCAAAAGGUCGGGGCAUGGAAGGUGGAAUGGGUACCUUCUGAGAAAGAGAAUUUCCUGGUCCAGAAGGGGCUGGGUCUUGUGGAAGACUGCAGGGAUAGGGAAGUUGGGUCUGGACACUUCACAUUCACUUGGCCUUCAAAGGAACAGAGUUCCCAGUAUCUUCCACAUUCGAAUGUCCUUGCAAGAGUGACUCUGGGCAGACAGACUCCAAACUGAUGAUGGACUGUCAAGCUCCCCAGGAGCCCCCUCGGGUUGGCAGCAUCACCCCAGAGUGUUUCCCGCUUCUGGAAUUCCUCUUUAGGGAAGUUGAAAGAAGAAAAGAAAAACUUGAAUUGUGUUGAAUUACUGUAUCUUUUACUUUUUUUUUUUUUGAAAAGAUAAACUUGUAAAUAGAGUGAUUUGAAAUAUUAUAUGGCAAAGUUUUAUAUUUGAUAAUCUUUAAGCUAGUGGCUCCACACAUUUAAGCUUUGAUUGUUGAAUAGGUGUGUGUAAGAGGGAGAGAGAGGAGGCAAGGUUGAAGAGAGUCAAGGUCAUCCCCUCUCUGGCCUCGAGGAAGGAGGACACAUUUCUACCCACUCUCUGCUGGCUCUCGUUGGUGGGCAUGACACACUGAAGGUAUUCGGUCGUCUUUAUCCACAUGUGUUUUUGAGCUUUUCUUGGGCUUUGAAUUUGGAGAGAGAAAGCAUUUUCAGGCAAUGAAUUUUUAAAAGAAUGCUUGCUUGGUAGUAAGAUGAAGCUCAGGAUUCACAUAGGUGGGGCCAGGAGUUAGAUUUUUUUUUUUCCAUUUUUCUUCUCAGGUGUAUUUCUUGGUACCCCAGUAUGUCAGGACAGAAGGCAACGGGGUCGUCGCAUGUUCCUUAUAUCUCACUCCUCUGCACAUCUUCUGAGGUUGUACACAUGAGGCCGAGCUAUUUUGUAAAUGUUGUGUGUGUGUCUAAGUUGUAGGAAAAACUGGCUUCUUAGGAUCUUGGGUCCUCAAUAUGCUGCUGUUUUCCCUUUCCCUAAAUAUUUCCCUUCUUGUUCAUCUCAAAUUUCCUAUAACCCCAAAAUAAAAACUCCAAAGAGGGACGUAGGACGUAGGCUGUGCUGUUGUUACAGCUUUAUAGAUGAUUUUAAAUUUAAAGGAGUUUGUCAUUGUGAUUCAGUUCAUCGGCUCAAGGAUUACACAGCUAUUAUGGAAGAGCUCAACCAACAGCAAGCGACACACUACCACUACCAAUUCAGGGAACAAGAACUAAGACUGGAUAAGACCAAGAUAGGACUCAGGAAAGCUAUUCACGGAAAACCCAAGAAGAAGGAGAACACACCAACUGGCUACACUUACUCCCUGUAGACUUGGAACAGCUCAGGAACCUGUUCAGUGGAGCUUGAGGGGACAAGCAUACUCUGUGCCACUGUGCUUUCCAAAUGGCAAGAACUCCACAUAAUGGGUUUUUGUUGUUUUUUAAACACAUUUGAUGUUUUAAAUUGUCACCUGCCUCACUAGACCCUUAACUAGAGCUAACGUGGAGGAGCAGAAAGCCCAGGCCCUGAUUUGGGGAGCUCCUCCCUGAAGCAUAGCUGUCGACACUUGGCCCCAGCUUGACCACUUGGAAGCCUGUCCCUCUUCAGUUGGCCCUGAUUUGAAGCCAGAAGGAAAUGGAAGUGCCGCCAAUGUGAAUUUGUAGGUAGACCCCUUCCCAGCUUCCCUGUGGUCAUGCUGGGCCUGUGACAGAUGGCUGCCCUGCUUCCUUUCCCCAGCCAGGCUCACCUCCUCCUCAUUUGCUGCAGAACUGGAGAUACCAUUAGGAAUAUGAGCCAACAAAUAGGAAAGGAAUUUGACGACUAAAAGUCGGUUUUACCCUCUCUACCAUCUAUGCCCCCCACCCCUAAUUCUGCUUGAAUAGGGAACUUUAGGGCAGAUUAGGAGAGUGAACAAGGUAUCAGAAUGGAGGACUAUGGACCAAGAUCCCUGAGCUUUCCCAGGAACCUUGUGUUUCUUUUCUAAGGCCCUGUGAUCAUGCACACAGAACCUGAAUCUUUACUUGGGCAUUAUGAUCCAUCUCAUUCUUCCUUCAGGUACUCGAAGAAUUCCACAGCUGCAAAAUUCCAUGCUGUGAAAGAUAACUAGUUUCAAAUCCCUGCCCCGAAAUCCCUUGCUCAGGACUGAUGAUAUUCUCUUCCAUUUUCAAAAAUUGACAUAUAGGGAUGGACCCUGUGUAGCACAGCCUUCCUUAGUAUCCUAUAAUUGGAGCCAGUUUCUCGCUUAGUGUUUUAAUAUUUCUACGGCCAAUAUGUGUUUACCUCUGUCAGACCAAACUGUCUUUUUCAACGUAAUUCUAGUUCAUCCCCUUUUGCUGAGUGCUUUUUGGACAGAGAUGCAAAGAGAAAGAAGCUAAGCAAUCAAGCAUUGGCAGAUUGACAUUAGCAGGACAGAGCCAUGCUAGUGACAAGACCAUUUCAGGCAUUCCCAGGACUCCACGAUUGUGUGUGCCGUGCCUGUAGCUCACGGGGAAGUCCUUCUACGAACAGUGUCUCCUGACAACAGCAAGCCCAGUCACCCCAGAAGUUCUGUCUUGACUACAGAGACUACAAAACCAUCCAUGGUUGAAGGGUGGGGAGACAGAAAUAAUCAGCUAAAGGUACUUUGAUCCCCUAUUCAUGACUCUUUAUUGGCACUUUUCAUCCUCUGGCUUCUGCUUCCAAAAGCAAGUCUGGACCAAUAGUUUUAUAGACACAGGAGUCCCAGGUACAACAGUGGCCACCAUGGCACUCACAGUUGCCCUAGUACAGAAUGUUUUAUGAGCCACCAGAUUACCACAGUAGGUAGCCAGCCUUGAAGAAAUCAAAUAGCUACCUGACUUUAAAAGGAAUGUCCUAGGUAUUCUAUCUCCAGAGUUAUCUGUCAUCUCUGGCAAACCUGACAGUAAUCAAUUACCUAGACAACCCUGCCCCACAUGUCUUUUAAGUCACCUGGGUGUCCUCUCACACACCCUUAGCUGGUGUUUAAAAAAUUUAUCUCGUGUUCAAAUGUGUUUGGCAGCCUCGCAGAUCGGCUGGGUGCUGAACCACUUCUCUGUAAUUGUAGCAUCAAAAUGACAACAGCAGAGCAGUGAACCUUGCACAAUCCUGCAGCAUGCCUGAGACAAGACUCCAACAAGUAAUAAUUAGCUUUUUUCCUUGCGCCGCCUACAGUACUUGUCUAACUAAAGAACUUCCCAAAGCAGAGGGAGAGACCAUACAGAGAAUCCGGAUGUCAUUCAGAGCCACCAGAAUGUGGUCUUCUGAUGGAAGCGUUGUAUUCUGGGGUGAAAAGGUUUGGAUGUCAAGUAGCGUGAGGUGCAGAGAGAAAGAGAAAUGUGAACCACCUUGAAGAACUUGGGAUGUUUUUCCUAAGAGGGAUAAAUACAGUUCUUAACAGGGAAAAAUCGGCCACAGAAAAAGUUCACAACUGAUUUUUUUACAAAAGCUUUUACAGGACUCUACAAGGUGGAAAUGUCUUUCAAGAUUUGGAAUGCUAUAGCAAGCAAAGGCUUGGCACAGUCCGAGAACCAUAUAAGAAUAGCAGUUAAUAUUACAUGAAAAUUCUUUUGAGUGUAAUCAGAACCAGAGUAUUGAUAAUCAAAAUGUCCAGUUUCCCUGGAGUGGUCCUGGAGAGGUCAAGACAUUCUACACGCACCAUUUCUACAAAGCUGUCCCAACAGACACCUACAAGCAACUACCUUGGGUGUCCAGGUGCCAGGAUCACCCUGGUACCUGUGGAAAGAGGUUCAUCUGAAGAUUCUGAAGUGUCUGUGUGUUAGUGUGUGUUUGUGCAUGUGUAUGUAAAGCACACAUCUGCAUCUGUAAAGACACAGGUGCUCAUGUAGAGACCCACAGAAGCUGGCAGUUGCUGAGCCUUUGCAGCCUUUAAGAUUCAGAAUUUGAGAAUAAGAGAAACGAGAGGCUGUUGAUUGGCAAAAUGAUCAAAGUUGUAAAUUAAGUGCCAUUUUAAAACUUUGUAUUUAUCAAAUGGUUACUACAGCUGUAUUCCUUAUUAACAUAUUAAAAGUCGUGUUGGAAAACAGAUCAGACUCAUAAACCUUUAGUAGCUAAUACUAGGCUGGUGGUCACAAGCACUCUAAAAGACAUUUUGUCCAUAUUUUGGAGAAGAAAAUAUUUGCAUGUUUAUCUCCUAAUUUAGGCUACCUUUGAGUAUACUGUAAAGUGCUAUGUGAUAUAUUAUCAAUAAAGUACUUAAAAAUGGCACUUUAAUUUUUUUAAACCAUAAAUUAUGCACUGUUUUAAACUUCAGUAUUGAAUAUUGACUGGUGUGUAGAAUCCAACUCUGUAAUUAAAAAGUAAUUUGUGACUAGAAUAGAACUUUUUUCCCCAUUCUUAGUAAAAUAGUCUUGCCAUGAUGAGGCUGUUUUUUAAAAUGUGCUUUUGCGUCACUAAGCGUAUCUAUAAGGAAAAUCCAGUUUCUGUUGAGUGGCCUCUGAAACUUGGCUUUGUUUCAUUUGCUUGGUUUAUGUGACAAUCCUUACAAAACGAGUGGAAGUAUGAUUUUUGAAUUAAAUGACUUUUCCAUUUGG